AUGCAAAGAUAUUUACUAAAUAUUGCGUAUAUCGGAACGAAAUACAAUGGCGUCACAAAGAAUGUGAAUAUUAAGGAUCAUUAUUCGAUUGAAUGUGCGUUGAGGCAAGCUUUUGAAAAAAUUAAGAAUGUACACAAUGUAGAAAUAUGCCCAUCGAGCAGGACUGAUGCUGGUGUGCAUGCAACCAAUACAACAUUUCACAUCGAUGUCAAUCGUGAUUUGCCACUCCCACCAUGGGUCAUCACCAAAAAAUUAAAUCUUAAGUUGAGCGCAUUGCGCGAACAAAUACGAAUCUUGAAAACCGUUCCCGUUAGCAAAACGAGGGAUUUGACAUUGAACGAGUGA